CUGUCAUUGCUAUCCUUUAAUUUUUUGAUCAUUAUAACGCCUACAGCCAAAAGACACGGGAUUAUUGCCUGUCCUUUCUCAUUAUCUCAUGCCUCACACCCGAACAACUACGUCAGUGUAUUGUAGAUUAUGAGGUUCCAAACAAUCGCAUUGGCCUCUGUGCUUGUCUUCACACUCUUCCUCCUUGUUGACUUUCGGCUAACAUGGAUGACAAGUACAGGUAUUCGUGAACUCUAUUACUACAACAAACGAGAUCUGUAUUUUAUACUCUUGUUUGUCACGCCCGCAUUUGUCAGCCACAUCAUCACCAUUUGGGGGCAUUAUUAUAAGGCAGAUGUUCUCUUUCAAAAGAGCAUUGCCAAGGUCUCGACAGCUGCACCCAAAAAACGUAAAGGGAUCUCGAAAUGGGAUAAACAUGACCCAUGGCUUGGAUACACAGGCCGCUACUGGGCGCUCGUCGCUCUGGCCUUUGUCUUGAACUUGAUGUGGUUCAUUCAACCCAUAGCAGUGUAUUUACCGGGAGGUGUCAAGUUUUUGGGGCUCUAUGGUGCAAUCACUGGUAAGAUUGAUGGUAUUUUCACAUCCUUUGAGCGAUUAUUAUUUUAAAAAACUGCUCAGCUGAUUUGGAGGAAUGUCUAUUUCAUCUUUUGCUUUCUGCCAAAUGGGGAUGACUCAAUCUCUGAUUAGCAUAUGUUGCA